UGUUUGCUGACAGACCAAAACAGCACCGAUUGCAUGUCUCAGGGGCCAGCUAAUGAUGACCCCAGACACAGUGGGAAGAAGAACGUGUUGACCAGCUCUCUGGCCAGGAAUGUGGCUCAGCUGUGGGGAGAGGUUGUUUGGAUCCUUGCUUGGACCGGUCGACUCUCACUUUCUUUUUUAAACCACAUUUAUUGUGCUUUUUUUCUUGGAAGGCCACGUUAGCUCACGUGAGUAUCCCUGGGUAAACAUUGACAUAGUUCACGCCUCUGAAAGCCCUAAAAAGAGUGUUAGACUGCAGCUGUAUAUCAGUGUUGGCUUCCUUCAGGGAACUCUACAACGAAGUUCACCAUGGAUUUGCUACAGAACUCGGGUCAGAUCAUGUGGGGACUGAACACUCGUUUAAAGGGCUUCCUGGACCAGGUCAACAGGCUGCAGGAAACCAACCAGCAGCUGGAGGCCCAUAUCGUCCAAGUGGGCAUGAGAAACAGUUGGUGUUCUCAGGACUGGUCCAAGCAGGAAGACGCUGUGAAGGAACUCCGUGCGCAGGUUGGCCAACUCCUGAUGGAGAAUGCCAAGUUGGCGCUGCAGUCUGACACCAUGAAGUCCAGAGCUGCUGUCAUCCAGGCCAGAUGUGAGACAGAAGAGUGUAAUACCAUGCUUCUGGAGCAACAGGUGGCUGCGCUGAGGGAGUCAAAGAAGAAGACGGAGCAGAGCAGCAUGGAGCUGCAGGCCGACAUUGGUCACUCAAUGACAGAGCUGCAGGAUGUACGCCAAGAAUAUCAGGCAGCCAGAGAUCUGCAGCUGCAGCGGGCCGCCUCAUGUGAUGCUCUGUUAGCCACAAUCCCGGCAGCAGGCAAACAGAAGGAGGAUGGCGCAGGGAUGGAGCUUCCCAAACUCCACCACCGAAUCAAAGCUCAGUGCAACCCUGACAGAUUUCCCGAUCCGAGUGAGAGACACCUCAGCCAGGGUACGGGCUCGCAAUCAAUGCCCCGUUUUGUCGGGCCAAGGCCAUCUGAAGCUGCAGCGACCGCCGCAUCAACAGCAACAACACACAGAGCAGCUCUCAGUGAGGAGGAAGCAGCAUGGGCACACAUUAGCCUCGGCAGCAAUGCACUGAGGGAGGCUCGGGCCGAGUUGGCCGAGGCCCGGCGGCAGUGGCACUCUCUACAGGUGGAGAUUGAGACCCUGCAUGCUUUGGAGAAAGGUCUGGAAAACACCCUCCAGCACACCCAGCAGCUGUACUCCAGCCAGCUGCAGGAACUUUCCCAGGUGAUCACCGGGCUGGAGAGCGAGCUGGAACAAGUGAGGGGCGGGCUGGCCACUCAGCGUCAGCGCCACGGCCAGAUGCUCGACACAAAGAUUAGGCUGGAGCGAGAGAUUGCCACUUACAGAAGACUACUGGAACAGGAGGAGUGCAGGUACACAGGUCGGAGUGGGCAGCCGGCCUGUUUGCAGCCCUGGAGAUCUUCUUUGGUGGCAUCAAAGGAAAGCGGCCUGGACAAGGACAACAGCUUUAGUGCCCCCGCAGUCACCCCAGAUGAACCAAAGUCAGAGCCCCUGCCUGAAACGAUGUCACUCCUCCCAGGAAACCACAAGCCAAAGGAAGUCUCCAUACUCCACCGGCCGCAGAGUCUUGUCAUACUCUCAGAGCCAGAGCAAGAUAGAGAUUUACCCAUCUCCACCGUGAAGACUCAGGAGAUUCUCCAGGGCAAUGUGGUGCGGGAAAGUGCAGAGGGCCACGGCACUAUUGAGACGGAAAAGAUUGACAAGGUGAUUAAGCAGUGGGAGAGCUCUUUCUUCAGAGGAAAUCCAAAGCUCCGAAAGAAGUCUGUGUCCCUGCGCUUCGACCUGCACAUGGCUGCAGCAGAUGAAGGCUGCGCCCAGACCAAACAAGACAGCCUUCCCGACGUCGAAGUUCGUCUCAUCAUGAAAAGAUCCCGCAGCGCUGCAAUCACACCUUAACCGCGGGAACGCUGGGUUUGGUGUGAAGGUUGGAUGUGGUUCCUUUCAACGAAUCGUCACAUAAAUUGGAAUGCCGGUGGCCCUCGGUGUAGACGUUCUGUUUUCCAUUUUCAAUCAUGUUUUGACAUUGACAGUACAGUAGAUCCUAGUAGAUCCCUGCUUGUCACACGUGUUACAUUCCAGGGCCAACAACAAUUGGCCAAAAAAAAGUUGAUUCAGCUGCAGAAUCCAAGUGAUGAACAUGCAUCACACACUUAAACACUUUACAAAUAUUAAACAUAUAGCUACUCAGCACUGAUGAAUGAUAAUGUAAGACAGGGGUGGGAAAACUGCAACCCGCGGGCCCCGUCAGGCCCGCCAAGCAUCUUCAUCCGGCCCACCGGACUUUUCCAAAUUCCUUUUCCAAAAGCUUUAUAAUGGUAAUGCUAAUGGUUUUAUUUCAUUUGAACAUGCAUCAGAUUACAAUUGAGUGCAUCCCAUAAUCAGUUCCCAGUUCCACAUGUCCAAAAGGAGAAGGAAGAUUAUGGGUAGGAUUAUUAAAUCCUACCCAUCCAUCUGGUACUUUUACAAUCAGUAACUGUUAGUCAAGUCAAGUCAAGUUUAUUUGUAUAUCCCUUGAUCACAAAAGAGCCUCAAAGGUCUUAACAAGCAGGCAACAGUAGAUGCAGUAGAUGAUACUGUUGCAGCUGCACUACCCAGCAUGCCUUGCAGGCAUUGAGGGCCUAUGUUGAGCACUUAGUAGUUGAUUUAUGUAAUGCGUAAGCAAGUUUGUCGUUCUGUUUGAUGCCCUCUAACUCUCCACCUAACUUUUGAACCCAGUGUGACCUCCAAGUCAAAGCAUUUGCCCACCCCUGAUGUAAGACCAUCCACCAACAGAUGGAGUUGCAUUUGUUCACUUCCUGCUUUCCGAAUAUAAUUGAAGUUGUUUUUCUAUUAUUUUUUUAAUUUUUAAUUUUUAAUUUUUAAUUUUUAAUUUUUAAUUUUUAAUUUUUAAUUUUUAAUUUUUAAUUUUUAAUUUUUAAUUUUUAAUUUUUAAUUUUUAAUUUUUAAUUUUUAAUUUUUAAUUUUUAAUUUUUAGACGAUCCACCAACAGAUGGAGUCACGGUGUAAACGUGACUUUGAACUUUCACAUUUGCAUCUCACCGCAGCUGCAGUGCCUUCAAGGACCAAAAGUGCGGAAUCUUUGUCAAACACUGGACACCUUGGGGUGACGGAGUUGUGUUUGCAGUGGAAAAGCAAACCCUGGGCGUGCCCCGUCUCUUGCCCGAGGUCGGCUGGGAUAGACUCCAGCAUGCGUGAGGAUAAGCGGCAUAGAAGGUUUUCAGAGCAAAAAUCUGUUAAGGUGUGGGGUCGUAAAUGCUGAAUCACAAAUAAAUGGGAGUAACACCAAUGCAUGGGAAACAAAUAAUAAUUGAAUAUUUUUAAUGCAAAAUAACACAUUGUCAGAAAACAAAAUAUAAUAUAUUCUAAUAAUAUCUUAUUUGAUUUUAAUGAUAUUAACGAUUAUUUUCUUUUACAAAUUUGCGGCACUGCGGUUGCUGUAUUGCAAAUGUAAAAGUUAUCUGUAUAAGAUGUACUGCAUGUUGCCAUGUUUAAUAACUUGGAUGUUGUUACAUGGCUUCAUUUCGUAGUUUAUUUUACCACAAACGACACAUUAGGGAGGACUAUUCUUAUGCCGAUUGUCCUGCAGUCAAGGGUGCCUCCAGAGAAGACAAAGGAGCGUCCCUUCCUUGUGCAAUUAUUGUCAUAGAUGUAUAGAUAGUUCCUGAAUGUUUGCGCAGCUAAAACAUACAGCACUUGGGAUCAUGUCACGACAAAGCACUGACGUGCACUUUGCUACAUGCUACAUGCUACAUGCUACAUGCUACAUGCUACAUGCUACAUGCUACAUGCUACAUGCGAUGGAAGGACUCACCCUAGAAACAACGACUACAGCUGUCCUAUCUAGUCCAUGAGCAUAAACUGAGAAUACAAUGACGUGAAUUUGGCCUUUUACCAAAAUUAAAAACCCGAUGUUUGAUUGGCCGUACUUCUGUGCAGGUACUACGGGUUCAACCCCCACAUUUGAACAUUGUCUCUUUUUGCGUCCCGUGAUGGCGACCAGUCCAGACUGCCUUUGGCCUGAACUCUUCUGGAGUAGGCUCAAGCGCCCCAGGAUAGGUGGUAAACAGGAAAAGUGGUGUAAAAUGAUUGGAUAAAUUGUAUUUUUUGACAUACAGUACCUGUUGUAACCACACGAUGACAACAUUUGUAAAUAGUCGAUGAUACAGCAGCACACAUCAUUUCUGCUUUUUGGUUGCUCCUGCUCUUGACACCAAAUAUAAAUAUAUAAUAACUAGAAAUACUGUGUAGUCAUCAUUGUACGUGGAAUAUUUGUUGAUAUAUUAUCUAUGCAGUUUGAGUCCGCUCUGCGUUCACUCUUCAGUAAUAUCCACAUGGUUUGUAGUUUUGACCAACAAAUUUCAAUUGAAGAGCUUGUGCUGACACGUUGGUUGUUUUCAGUCCAACCCAAAUCUCAACCCGAAACGCCAUCAUUACAACAAGCCUCUGUCAGAAACUACAGUACAUUCAGUGUACUACUUUGUAAAACUCUGAGUACAUCUGAGAAUGAAGUAUUUCCACAAGCUGACAAGCUCAACGUGUUUAUUCUUCAUCGUGACAAAAGACAUGGCAACAAGAUUUUUAUAGUACAAUAAAUAUCUGGAUCUGGACCGUGCACCGAGGGCCAGGGUGUCCAAAGUGCGGCCUGCUGCUCAUUUUUAUUGGCCCGAGGCAUAUUGUAAAAGGAAAAUGGAUGAAGUAGUAAUCACAUGAUUAUCUUACACUAAUUAGCUUUGUCAAACAAAGUCAAUAAGAAAGCAUUAAAAUAAUCUGAGAUUUAGAGAAUAAAGUUGUACGUUUACGACUUUAUUUUCCUACAUUGUGACCUUAUUCUUGUAAGUUAUUCUGUAUUCGUGUAUUCAAUCUCAGAUUUAAUAUAAUACGUAAUUAGGCAUGUCCAAUAUUGGCUUUUUUUCCCCCGAAAACGGAUAUGUCGAUAUUGUCCGACUCUCAAUUUCCGAUACCAAUAUGUGAAACAUGACAUAUCCCCCGUGGUGGAAUGAACACAUUUGUUUUUUAACAUUGGUUUUGAUGAAAAAUAUCACAUUUUCAUGCUGAUAUCGGGAUGAUAAUUAUCGGUACCCAUAACUGUCGAACAUCCCAAAAUAUAACAAUAUUCUCACAUCUUUUAAUCUUAAUUUGAAAAAAAAAAUCUGGAACCAGUCCUGUGUAUCUUUACACACAAAUCCAUGUUGGCUAGUUUAAAAAAAAAAAAUCAGAAAUGUACGACUUUAUUCUCCAAAAUAUACAACUUUUUUUCUCGUAAAUAUACCACUUUUUUCUCAUAAAUUUAUGACUUUAUUCUCCUUAAAUUUACAACUUUAUUCUUGUAAAUGUUGGACUUUUUUUCCUCGUAAAUGUAUUACUUUUUUGUUGUAAAUUUAUGACCUUAUUCUUAUAAAUUUACAACUUUAUUUUCCUUAAUUUUACAACUUUAUUCUUGUAAAUGUAAAAAAAAAAUCUUGUAAAUUUAUGAUU